GUUCCGCGCUUCUUUCGGUCAGUUUUCUCCCGUGAGUUGCACGCGUCCUUUCGUGAGGACCGGCUUUCGUGUCGUUGCCACAGCUUUCGAGCUACAGCCUCGAGGACCGACCAGGUUAACCGACGUUGUGUUAGGAUAAGAACGACUCCACUCCGCAUCCUGGAUUCCUGCGGGACGGGGGAGUCGCAUCGGUCAUCAUGCACCAUCGACUGUCGAGGUCGCUGGGGCUCUUAAUAUUUAUUAUAGCGACGUAUGUGCCCGACACCUUCGCAAAACACCAUCAUAUAAAAUUAAGGCACGGAAGGCACCGUCGACAACACGGCGAGAGUUAUCAGCCCAGCUUCUUCGUGCUGGACACGGACGAACCUGAGAGCGGCAACUGGGGACCAUGGUCGUCGCCGAGCUCCUGUUCGCGCACCUGCGGCGGCGGGGUCGCCCAUCAGACCAGACAGUGUCUCGACAUAGAUGACGAUGGCCACGACAGGUGCACCGGCGCCGCCAGGAAAUACUUCUCGUGCAACAUUCAGGACUGUCCCGAUGAGCCGAAGGAUUUCCGAGCGGAGCAAUGUGCCAAGUUCAAUAAGAUACCCUUCGAGGAUGUAUAUUACGAUUGGAUUCCGUACACUGGGAGUCCGAAUAAGUGUGAGCUGAAUUGCAUGCCGCGCGGCGAGAGGUUUUUCUACAGGCACAAGAACACCGUAGUAGACGGCACGCCUUGCAAGGCCGACGCGAAUGACGUCUGCGUCAAGGGCAAGUGCAUGCACGUCGGGUGCGAUAUGAUGCUGGGUAGCGAUGCCAAAGAAGACGCGUGCAGAGAAUGCGGCGGCGACGGCUCCGAUUGCAAUACGGUUAACGGCUUAUUCGACACAGACGAUCUCCAUGUGGGUUACGUCGAUAUUCUGCUAAUACCCGAGGGCGCGACAAACAUCGCCAUAAGGGAAGUGCAACCAUCUAACAAUUAUCUCGCCAUACGCAACACCACGGGCCACUAUUACCUGAACGGCAACUGGAUGAUAGACUUUCCGCGCAGCCUGCGCUUCUCCGGCACGACCUUCCAUUACACCCGAGAUCCGCAAGGAUUCGCGGCGCCCGAUAUCGUCACGGCCUUGGGACCGACGAACGAGUCGAUUUACGUCGUGCUGCUGUACCAAGAUCGCAACGUAGGCGUGCAUUACGAAUACAGCAUACCGAACAAGUUCUCGUCACGCGCGGACCCGGACAGCUACACCUGGAUAACCGACGAAUUCUCCAGUUGCAGCGCCAGUUGCGGCGGAGGCUACCAAUCGAGACGGGUGGCCUGCGUGCGGAGACGCGACAGUCAACCAGUAGAUGAGGGCCUGUGUGAUCGGCAGCUGGAACCAGCUGACACGCAAAGCUGUAACGAGGAACCCUGUCCACCGAUGUGGGUGGAGGGUCCAUGGUCCCUUUGCACCAAGCAGUGCGGCGAGGAGGGCGAGCAGAGUAGAGAGAUCAAGUGCGAGCAGGUCAUCUCGGGCGGGAUAGCUUCCGUGGUGGACGAUUCUCAAUGCCUGGAGAAAGUGGGCCCGAAAGGGCCCACCAAGCAGGAAUGCAACAGAGACGUGGACUGCCCGCAGUGGCACGAGGGACCCUGGAAGCCCUGCGAUCAUAUAUGCGGACCUGGUAAGCAAACCAGGACAGUCACGUGCUACAGAAAGGUGGACGGUAAGAUCCAAGUGCUGGAAGAUGAGGCGUGCGAAACGGAAGCGCCGGAACGUGAGAAGACUUGCGAACUAAGGCCCUGCGCUGGUCUCGACUGGGUCACCUCGGAAUGGAGCGGAUGUGAGGAGAAGUGCGACCUUACCAAAGAGACCAGAACCACUCAGUGCGCUACUCAAGAUGGUACAGUUUAUCCGGACGAUCUGUGCGAUGCGACCAAAAAGCCCGAACUGGAAAAGGAGUGCGAGAAAAGCGAGGACUGCGACUUCCAGUGGUUCAGCUCGCAAUGGAGCAAAUGUUCGGCGAAAUGCGGAUCCGGUGUUCAGACCCGCAAAGUGUUCUGCGGCACCUUCAGCGACGAUACCGUGAAGAAAGUCGCGGACGAGAAUUGCGAUCCUGAAGAGAAAUUUGAAGAUACCAAAAAUUGCACCGCCAAAGAACCGUGCAAGGGCGAGUGGUUUGCAGGACCUUGGAGCAAGUGUUCGAAGCCAUGUGACGGCGGCGAUAUGAUGCGUAAGGUGAUUUGCAUGAAGGAUAAUAAGACAGUGUCUAUAAGCCAAUGUGAUGCUAGCAGCAUCAUGUUCUCCACUGAAAAGUGUAACGAUCAGCCUUGCGAAAAAGGUGUGACACCGAGUGAUGAAGGGGAAGAUGGCGAAAUAACGGACUUAAAGGAAGAGGAGGAGGAGUGCGAGGACGAGGAGGAGGAGGAGGAAGUAGAAGGUGUCCCCGAAAUCAGCUUACCCACGGGGAAAGCAAUGUUAGCCAGACUGGUCAAGCAAACGGAAGCAACACCCUUGAGCUCGCCGUUUACGGGAAGCGACAUUUACGACACUAUGUUCAGCGACUCCACGAGGGGUGACAUAUCGCCUUCCGAGCUGGGUAGCGGCGAGGGUAGCGGCGACGAUGGCUUCGUGUUCGACACUACCUUUUUCAUUGACAGCAGCAAGAUCACCACCGUCGAGAAGAGCGACACUCCGAUUAGUGGAGCCACGACGGACAGCAAAACCGGCACAACGGAGUUCGGCACGGAAGUGACCGAGUCGUCGGACAUCACCGAGGAAACCGAUGUCACGAUCGAAGGAUCCGGUACCACUAUCGAGGAAGAAGAAUUUAGCGCGACCGCGUCUACUGACGUGGAAGGCACCACGAUAGAAGGAACUCAGGCCGCGACUACAAAAACCGGCAGCACUGAAUCGGGAAUGACGGAAAUGUCGACGAAUUCUUUCGCCACUAGCGAGAGCAGUGGAACAACCAGUAGCGUGGAGUUCGAGUCGACAGUUAGUGAGAGUUCGGAAUUGCCAACGACUGAAUCCAGCGAUAUGACGACCGAUUCCAGCGACAUGACGACCGGCUCCAGCGAUGUGACGACCGGCUCCAGCGACGUGACGACCAGCUCCAGCGACAUGACGACUAGCUCCAGCGAUAUAACGACUGAUACGACCGAAUCGACUGAUGUCACUACCGGUUCUACGGAGACCACAGUCUCUUCCGUGACCGAAUCGACGGAGUCUACCGAGACACACAUUACGGAUACCACCGGAACAGAAACGACCGACUCGACGGAGACGCAAACUACACCAACUACUGAUCCUACGGACACUACGCAUUCUACAGACACGACAGAAUCCACAGAGUCUUCGGCGAGUACGUCUUCUUCGGAGACGGAGACCACAGAAGAAACAGAGACGACCGGAAGCGAAACAGAUUCCAGCACUAUGUCCGAGACAACGACUGAAAUGACUCAAAUGACUACAAUAAGCUCUGAAAUGACGGAAGACGAAAUAAAUAGCAGUGAUAUAACGGAACCACGCACCACCGAAAAAACAGAUCUCACCACGAUGGUUAGCAGCAGCACGGAAGAGACUACCGGAACGAGUUCAUCGGGCGCAUCUGAAUCUACCAGUAGCGAUGAGAUAACCGAGUCGGGACAAACUACGGAAUCGGGAGAGACAACUGAAUCGGGAGAGACAACUGAAUCGGAAAUGAGCACAGAAUCAUCAGGUGCGACAACGGAAUCUGGUAUGAGCACGGAAUCAGCUGAGACGACAGAGUCCGGGUUAACGACUGAGUCCGGCGGAACUACGACGCCAAGCGAAACUAGCGAAUCGGGUGGGACGACGGAAUCGGGCGAGACGACGGAAUCGGGUGAGACAACGGAAUCCGGAGCGACUACGGAGUCUGGAGCCACAACGGAGUCGGGCCAGACUACAGAAUCAGAACUGACUACCGAGUCAGGCGAAACUACAAUGACAGCCUUCACGGAAACCACCGAGUCAGGCGCGACGACGGAAUCGGGCGAAACGACCGAAUCGUCCAUCACAUCUUCCGGGGAAACGACGGUGUCUGGUGAGACGGAAGUCACAUCCUCCACGAUCAGCGAAGACACUGAUUUCACCGAGAAGACUCACGUCACGGAGUUCUGGACAACCGCAUUCCCGGAGAUGACGCUCAAGCGGCAAUGCAAACCGAGAAAGAGUUGCAAGAAAACGCCGUUCGGAUGUUGCUAUGAUGGCAUCACCACGGCUCAAGGACCCUUCGGUCAAGGUUGCCCGACGCCGCAGACAUGUAAUGAGAUGCGAUACGGCUGCUGCCCUGAUGGCGUAUCGCCAGCCACUGGCUCGAAGAACAAAGGCUGCCCAGAUUCUCGUUGUAACGAAUCGCUCUUCGGUUGCUGUCCAGAUGGUGUCACCACGGCGGAAGGCAACGAUUACGAGGGCUGCAAGAAGCCGUGCGAACAGACAGAAUUCGGAUGUUGUCCAGACAAUGAAACGCCAGCUACUGGAGAAGACAAUAUGGGAUGUUGUAAUGUUACCGAGUUUGGUUGCUGUUCAGAUGGCGUUAAAGCCGCUUCUGGUUUUGACGGCGAAGGUUGCGAAGAAGAAAUCUCUUCUGUGACAUCUUUAACCGAAAUGUACGAAACAACCACGCAACCUAUGCCAUAUGAGGACUGUGCGAACACGACCUACGGUUGCUGUCCCGAUGGUGUCACCGCUGCGAACGGUACAAACUUCGCGGGAUGUGGCGUUAUUAAUCCUGACAACUGCACCGCAUCCUAUUUUGGAUGCUGUUCUGAUGGAGUCUCUGCAGCUCUCGGACCAGACAAUUACGGCUGUCGAAUGCCGUGCGAGGAUACCGCUUACGGAUGCUGCGAGGAUGGCGCUACGCCGGCUCACGGGUCGAACAAUGAGGGCUGCUGCUUAUCGAGCACGUACAAGUGCUGUCCGGAUAACGUGAUGCCGGCGCGUGGACCAAACUUCUACGGCUGUGCCUGCCAAUACACGAGAUUCGGCUGUUGUCCAGAUAAUUCAACGGCGGCGCGCGGACCGAACAACGAAGGCUGCGGCUGUCAAUACACGCCUCACGGUUGCUGCCCGAACCAGUUCACCCCCGCUAGCGGACCCAACUUUGAGGGAUGCCCGUGUUACACUUAUCAGUUUGGAUGCUGUCCCGAUGGUGUCACCAUUGCCAAGGGCGCCCGUGGUCAAGGUUGCGGAUGCGAGAAUACGGAAUUCAAUUGCUGUUCGGAUGAAAGAACCCCGGCCAAGGGUCCGAACUUCGCCGGAUGCACAUGCGACGCGUCGCAGUUCGGAUGCUGCGCAGACGGAAUUGAAGAAGCUCAGGGAGAGAACUUUGAGGGUUGUCUCUCGGUGCCUUCCAUGCCCGGUGCUGCAUGUGGAUUGCCGAAGGACAGGGGUUCCUGCCGCGACUUUACGGUCAAAUGGUACUACGACACCGAUUACGGCGGUUGUUCGAGAUUUUGGUAUGGAGGCUGUAAGGGUAACGAAAAUCGUUUCAAAACGCAAGAGGAGUGCAAAGAAGUUUGUGUUCAGCCGAAAGGAAAAGCUGCUUGUUUCUUGCCGAAAAUCGCCGGCCCUUGCCAAGGAUAUCAUCCUACAUGGUACUAUGACGCCGACAGAAAACAAUGCGGUCAAUUCGUUUAUGGAGGUUGUCUUGGUAAUGCUAAUAAGUUUAAAACUAGGGAAGAGUGUGAAGAACUUUGUGUCACACCUGAUGGCGUCGAUCCAUGCGAGCAGUCGAAAGAAACCGGUCCUUGCGCCGGCAAUUUCACAAGGUGGUACUUCAACGCAGAGUCGCAGAAUUGCGAGCAGUUCGUAUAUGGUGGCUGCAAAGCUAACGGCAACAACUUCCCUACGGAAGUUGCUUGUCAUCAGCAGUGCUUGCAGCCGGGUCGAAGAAGAGAUACUUGCACGUUGCCACGAGCGGAGGGUACAUGCACGGAGAAGCAAUCUCGAUGGUACUUUGAUCAAUCGGAGAAUCGCUGCAUGCCAUUCUAUUACACUGGUUGUGGUGGAAAUAAAAAUAACUUUGAAUCUAGAGAAGCAUGUGAGUCCGAUUGCCCGCCUAAGAUAGAGCAAGACAUCUGUCUUCUGCCUGCUCUCCCGGGCGAUUGUCACAAUUACACUCAACGAUGGUACUACGAUUCCUACGAGCAACAUUGCCGGCUGUUCUACUACGGUGGAUGCGGCGGCAAUGAGAACAACUUCGAGAUCGAGCAUGACUGCAUCAACAGGUGCGUGCCGUCCAUCACCACACCGGCUCCACCAGGAAGAGAAGUUGAGUUCCGAACAGAAUUCUGCUUCCUACCCGACGAACAUGGUCCGUGCACCGAAGACCAAACUAAGUGGUUCUACGACAGCCGCGACGGCAUAUGCAGACAGUUCCUAUACGGUGGCUGUCAGAGUAACGGUAACAACUUCAAUAGUCAGGAAGAAUGCGAAUAUCGCUGCGGGGAAGUUCAAGAUCUCUGUACGCUACCUAAGGUGAUCGGUCCUUGCGACGGCUAUGUGAAGCAAUUCUACUAUGACCGACGUACCGAUUCCUGCUAUGAAUUCGAUUACAGUGGAUGCCAAGGCAACAAGAAUCGCUUCCAGGAUAAAGUAUCAUGCGAGGUCAAGUGUAAGCGGCAACCUUCGCUACCGGUAAGCCCCCAAAUUGUGACCACAGUAACUCCGCCGACCGAACAGCCAAAGAGCCCGAUCUGUUUGGCGCUGGCUGAUCCCGGCAGUUGCGACGGCACCAUCACUGCAUAUUACUACGACGCGCAACAGCAAAUGUGCCAAGCCUUCGUAUACGGCGGCUGCGGCGGAAACGCUAACAAAUUCCAGACGGAGGAGCAGUGCGAACGACUUUGCGGAAAGUUCCAUGGGCAAGACGUGUGUAAUCUUCCUAUGGACUCCGGUCCAUGCAGAGGCGCUUUUCCCAAGUACUACUACGAGACGAGCACGCGCUCCUGUCGCGAAUUCACUUACGGCGGCUGCGACGGUAACGCGAAUCGAUUCAGCUCGAUCUCCGAGUGCGAGUCUAUUUGCAUACAUCACGAGGAGCCAGUGGCACCUGGAAACGACACCAGUGGUUUAAAUCUGUCGAUCUGUAAAGAACCGGUCGACAGCGGAUCUUGCACGUCCGGCAGCACCAAACGAUUCUAUUACGACGAAGAACUCCAAGUGUGUCGGGCGUUUAUUUACACCGGCUGCGGUGGCAAUCGCAACAGAUUCAAGACCGUCGAGUCUUGCAUGAGCACUUGCCAUAGGACGAGUAACGAGAUAGACGUGGACACGAAGGACACGAAAGAUCGAUGCGCAGAAGCUAAGGAGAUGUGCAAUACGGCUCAUUGUCCGUACGGCAAGGAACAGUAUGUUGACGAGCAGGAUUGCGAACGCUGUCGCUGCGUGGAUCCCUGCAGGACGAAGACUUGUCCCGACGGUACUCGAUGUACCAUUACACUAGUCGCAACGCAAGACGGUACAGAGUACAGAGGCGUUUGUCAAUCGAUCGUCAAACCCGGUCGUUGCCCAAGAGUAUCAAACAGCACAAGAUGCGAGCAGGAGUGCGCCACAGAUGCGGAUUGUGUCGGAGAUUUGAAAUGCUGCGACAGCGGUUGCGGUACAUCCUGCCUGGAGCCAGCGUCAGAAGAACCUUUGAUCACGACGUUACGACCCGUCACUCCACCGCAAUACGGUGGAUCACCUGCGAUGAUCCAACAACCCGAGGAACCUCGUGUUAGCGCACAAGAAGGCGGCUACGUCACAUUGAAAUGCGUCGCGUUAGGAAUACCCAGGCCGACCAUCACGUGGAGGAAGGAUACUACGCUGAUUGGACCUUCCGAGGCGAGACGGCGCAUACUACACGAUGGAUCCCUUCAGAUCACUAAUUUAUAUACUUACGACAGAGGAACUUAUGUAUGCACGGCUGACAAUGGUCUAGGACCGCCAGUAAGAGCGGAAUAUCAACUGAACGUCACAGAACCGCGCCAACUCUCCGUCUCCAUCAUUGGUGAACCUGACACUCGCAUAACAGUGGUGAUGAACUCGCCGAUAACUCUGCAUUGUUACGCUGUGGGUUGGCCGAGACCGCACGUCACUUGGUGGCGCGGCGACGAUAUGUUGCCUCUGUUUUCGGAUAUUUACGAGCAGGACAGUGACUACAGCCUGCUGAUACGAUCGGUUACUCUGACUAGCCUUGGUAUUUACACUUGCCAAGCGUACAACGCCAUGGGCAAAGCAGCUUCCUGGUCGAUGAUCUUGCAAGCAAUCGGACCUGUCUACAACGUUAAACCUGAGCAGCAAGAAUACACCAAGUAUCUUGUUCAACCUCCGAGGAAACCCACCACCACUGAGAAGCCGCAGUACCCUUAUAGACCCACCAGAACACCAUCUCCCGAGUAUCAGACCUUCGCUCCUAUUUAUCCUUCCAGAUCAACUCACUUGGCUCCUUUCUUCCCGACUACUACUGUCGAAACUGCCAAGGUGUUCAAAGUGCCGGUCAAAGUCAACGUAACAGUGGAACAGUCACAAUUCCCCGAGGGCAGCGAAAUAAGCAUCGGUUGCGGCGUGGACGGCUAUCCUAUUCCACGUGUGCUCUGGUACAAGAACGAUGAACUCAUUCGAACGGAUAAUCGCAUAAAGAUUUCUGAACUUAAUCGGCUCAUCAUUAACCACGCGAAUCGCGAGGACUCCGGCCGAUAUCGAUGUGAAGCAACCAACGAGUAUACUUCGGAUUCCGACAGCGUCGACAUACGCGUAGCUGGUAUCUUCAUUCAUCCCCAUUGUCAGGAUAACUCAUUCUUCGCCAAGUGCGAGCUCAUUGUGGCGGCCAAGUAUUGUAUGCACGAAUAUUAUGCGAGGUUCUGCUGCCGAUCAUGCACGGAGGCCGGCCAAUUACCGGUGAAAGGACCCCACAUUGACAACACAAAGAGAAGAAGAAGAUCCAUCCUACGUAUGCUCGUCUAAGAUACCAAAUCGACUCUUCGGUAUUUCCGGCGCGCGUGAUGGCACAUGUCGAUUCUGAUCGUAGCAUUCGUGGGACUCGCGACAGAACACAUACGAAGACAGAGAGAUAUCAUGCGCGCAUCCACCCUGUCUCGGACGUGCCGAAUAAUCGACUCGUUAACUCACUGCCAAAGCCUUAGAGCGUUUAUACAUAGAUAUAAUAUAUAAACACACACAACAUAUACGUACAUACAUAAACACACACAGACACACACACAUACACAGACAUUCACGCACGUUUAUACACACAUCUCUAACGCGAACCGACAUCGCGCUUCGGUCAGCGUGGUCUCGCUUUGACAUCCUUAUCCAUGUAUAUACGAUCUGACGCUGAGAAUCCUAGUCCGACGGAGCCAUAUUAGGCGGGUUAAUUACUUGUUCUUAAGAGGGAAAUGUCGUGACCGCGCGCAUCCGUCAGACGACAUCAGGCGCCACCGAGGUCAUAAUGUUAGAAUAUCGACCUAUAAAGCGCAUGGGUCAGCGGAUCGUGUUGUCGAGCUUACGGGAAAUAUCGUUUCUGCUCCUCAGACAGAUGUCUCUUUUUGAAAUGUGUCUCAUGUGUCAUCACAGUAAUCGUAGUUUUAUAUAUAAUGAAUCAUAAGAGUUAAUUACAGUAUAUAUAUAUAUAUAUAUAUAUAUAUAUAUAUAUAUAUAUAUAUAUAUAUAU